UGGUGAUCAGAUUAGAGGUGUGAGGCUGGUUAAUCUGUUCCUCACGGUGUCUCUCCUCACCUCUCCUUUCACACGGCGGACAAAAGGAGCGGAGCGCAGCCGGUGCGUCGACGCGCAUCGGGGUUUUUCCCCUCUCCAUCCCUCUCCGCCUCACAAUGGACACCUGCAGGGUUCGAGCGUGGCUCUUUGUGGUCCUGGUGUGGCAGGACGCGUGUUCGGCGUCACAGUUUCCCACACAGCUCAUGAUUAAAGAAUGGGUUGAUCAGAUGCAGAAGGAGCUUGUCACCUUGGUAGACACAGCCACAGCUGGGAACAGCCUCACUGAGAUUUUUUUGAGAAACCAACACUUGUAUACUGUGGAACAAAAUGAUGCAGAGGAGCUUGUGGCGAGAGCGGCCCGGAACAUAGAGCAGCUGCUGCGGAAGAGGUCUGCAGCCUUGGAGGUAAGACAGACCUAUUUGGAAAAAGCAACUGUCACACCAACUGUCAGUUUUACGUCAGUAUCAAAACCAGAAAUAACACAGUUACAAGAUGGACUGUCUGUGUCUCUGUCCCACAGGAUUAAAGAAUGGGUUGAUCAGAUGCAGAAGGAGCUUGUCACCUUGGUAGACACAGCCACAGCUGGGAACAGCCUCACUGAGAUUUUUUUGAGAAACCAACAAUUGUAUACUGUGGAACAAAAUGAUGCAGAGGAGCUUGUGGCGAGAGCGGCCCGGAACAUAGAGCAGCUGCUGCGGAAGAGGUCUGCAGCCUUGGAGAAAUUGGCUACAGCUGCUGAGAACUUCCAGAUGGAGCACGAAUGGAAAGAUGAGUUUGAGGAUGAGGAAAUUGCCUACUAUAACUCAAAGGACAAUCUGGAUGCAAAUGAGACUGAGGGAAAAAAGUACAAGAUUCGACCCAAUUUUCAAGAAGACCCUUUUUUUAAACGUUUGAUUGAUUCCAACCACACGGCUGUCCACAUCCCCACCGACAUAUACGAUGGCUCAACCAUUGUGCUGAAUGAACUGAACUGGACAGAGGCUCUGGAGGACGUGUUCAAAAAGAACAGAGAGGAUGACCCAACGCUUCUCUGGCAGGUGUUUGGUAGCGCCACGGGUCUUGCUCGAUACUAUCCAGCCUCUCCUUGGAUGGAUGCUCGCAAGUCUUUGAGCAAAAUCGACCUUUAUGAUGUUCGUAGAAGGCCUUGGUAUGUCCAAGGAGCUGCCUCACCCAAAGAUAUGCUAAUCCUGGUGGAUGCGAGUGGAAGCGUUUCUGGCUUGACUCUCAAACUGAUCAAGACCUCAGUCAGCGAGAUGCUGGAGACUCUGUCUGAUGAUGACUUUGUCAACGUCGUUUAUUUUAACACCAGGGUGAAAAAAACAGCAUGUUUCGACCAUCUGGUUCAAGCCAACGUGAGGAAUAAGAAGCUUCUGAAGGAUGCUGUGGAGAACAUCACUGCAAAAGGAAUUACUAACUACACCAAAGGUUUUGAGUUUGCCUUUGAGCAGCUCUCUGUGACAAAUGUGAGCAGAGCAAACUGCAACAAGAUUAUCAUGCUGUUCACCGACGGAGGAGAGGAAAGAGCUCAGGCCAUACUGGAGAAAUACAAUGCUGACAAGAAGGUGAGGAUCUUCACCUUCUCCGUAGGACAACACAAUUAUGAUAAAGGACCCAUUCAGUGGAUGGCCUGUUCCAACAAAGGUUACUUCUAUGAGAUUCCUUCAAUUGGAGCUAUCCGAAUUAACACACAGGAGUACUUGGAUGUACUGGGAAGACCCAUGGUUCUGGCGGACAAGGAGGCUAAAAAAGUCCAGUGGACGAAUGUUUACCUUGAUGCAUUGGAACUGGGUCUGGUCAUCACCGGAACACUUCCCGUCUUCAAUAAAACCAAGACCAAAGACGACAAGAAUGGCGAGUAUCAGAAUCAGCUGAUCCUUGGCGUAAUGGGGAUUGAUGUGUCUCUGGAUGACAUCAAGAAGCUUACGCCACGCUUCACGAUUGGCCCUAAUGGAUACUACUUUGCCAUUGAUCCCAAUGGAUAUGUCCUGCUGCACCCCAAUCUCCAGCCAAAGAAUCCUAAAUUUCAGGAACCUGUCACGCUAGACUUCCUGGAUGCAGAGCUCGAGAAUGACAUCAAAGUGGAGAUCAGGACAAAAAUGAUUUAUGGUGAGAUCGGAGAACAAACCAUUCGGACUCUAGUGAAAAGUCACGAUGAGCGGUACAUAGACAGUGGAGUCCGGACAUACACAUGGGCACCAGUUAAUGAGACGGAUUACAGCCUGGCUCUUGUUCUGCCAAAAUACAGUGAACACUUCAUCCAAGCUAAAGGGGGUGAUGACAUCAAACAAGCUAUGUCUUCUCCAUGGGGGCAACAAGCUAUGGAAACCAUGCAGCUGGAGAGCUUUGAUGAGUUCGGUCACACCUUCAUCGCACCUAGGGAGUACUGCAAAGAGCUCAAGUUAUCAUCGAACAACACUCAGUUUCUCCUCGACUUCAACCAGUACAUUGACAGGAACACUCCAGAUGCAUGUAAUGCGUUCCUGGUGAGUCGAUUGAUACUGGAUGCUGGGCUGACAGCUGACCUGGUUAAACUGUGGAACGAACAAACAGUGGAUGGGAUAGUGGCCAGGUUUGUAGCUACAGAUGGAGGAAUCACAAGAGUCUAUCCCAGAAGUAAUGGAGAAGAGUGGACUGAGAAUCCUGAAACCUACGAAUCCAGCUUCUACAAGAGGACAUUGGACAAUGAAAUUUAUAUUUUUACCGCCCCAUCUUUCAGCACUGAGGGCAGGGAACCUGGUUCCGAGUCCAGCAUUCUCGUCAGCAAAGUCGUGGAUCUCAUCAUUGAAGGAAUUAAACUCAAACCAGCAGUGGUGGGAGUCAAACUCAACGUGACCUUUUGGAUGAACAGCUUUAUCAAUGCUACACUGAAACUGAAUUGCAAAGAUGAGAUCUGUGGUUGUCUGAGGAAUGACAAGCAUAUCGACUGUGUCAUCCUGGAUGAUGGGGGUUUUCUUCUUAUGUCCAAUCAAGAUGACUAUAUCACCCUGAUAGGUCAGUUCUUUGGUGAGGUGGAUCCUGUGCUGAUGAUCAACCUCGUCAACACAUCUCUGUACUCCUUCAACAAGACCUAUGACUACCAGUCUGUGUGUGAUCCAGAGAAAGACAGCAAAGCUGCAGCGGGACCCCGAUCUAUCUACGUGCCUACGAUAACAGAUUUGCUCAGUCUGGCUGGUGGGCCUCCAGUGCAGGCAUGGUCGAUACUCCAACAGUUUUCCUUGGGGUUCAUGUUUCCCAACCUUCUUGAAGCAGUGGAGCCAGCAGAAGAAGACAUAUCUGAUGCCAUGUUUAAAGAGAGCUGUAUCACAGAGCAGACACAGUUCUUUGACAAUGACACAACAUCCUAUGCAGGGGUCCUGGAUUGCGGAAACUGUUCCAGGAUGUAUCGUGCUGAAAAGCUGCCAAACACCAACCUCGUGUUCCUGAUCACGGACGCCAAGGCAACAUGUUUGUCAUGUGACCCCAGACCUUUACGGCAGGCUGAGCAACCGUCUGAGGGCCCUGAUCCAUGUGUACUGGCUCAGAAUCCCAGGUAUCGGAAAGGGCCGGAUUCGUGUUUUGACAACAACGAAAAUGAAGAUGAUUCCGACUGUGGAGGUGGGACCUUCCUCCUCCCCCAUUUUUGGCCAAUGGUUGGAUUCCAACUACUGCUCCUGUGGCUCAAUACAUGUUUACAGAGCUCGUGACCCCUACAAAGACAAUCUGAACAUCAUCUCACGUCAUAAAAGUCCUCAAGUCAUCAUGCCAUCCAGGAUGUAUGCAGAAUACAUACAAGACCUUUUUUUCCCCCCAUUUUUUUUUUUUUUUUAUCAAUAUCAGCAUUUCUGUUCUCCAGUGUCAAAGGGUGCUCAUCCAUUUUGUCAUGGCCAUUUUCAAAUGUAAAUGCACACCUACUGUGCUCACAUCCACUACAUACUCCUUAAAACGCUCCAAUGGUGCAAGAGUAAGAGCUAACCAAACCCUUUAAUUCUGCCUCAUUUGACCAGACUUUGACAACUUGUCUCACUAUGCUAACAGAAUAUCGCUCAAAGUCUGUGUGUUCACUGACAGCAUUGAUUUGUGUAGUUGUCAAUAUUGUUUGUUGCGUAUGGAUCAUAAUGCUGUAUUGAAUGUUCAUUUUGCAAUCUGUGCAACUGUAGGAAAUAUUCAAGUUGUAUUGUUUUUGUUACUAUAUCUAAUUUUUGUACUUAAAUUCAACAAGCAUUUGAUGACUAGCUGGGUGUUGUAUUGUAGCAGCAUGUGCUCAGUCCAAAAACUAAAGACAGCACCAACACUGACACCAAAGCUCCACAGAGUACCAAGAACCAACAAUAAGUGUGGGACAAUGACACAGAACCUCCAGGUUACUACAU